CAUCCGGGCAUCCGUCUGAGGGAUCGAGACACGCGGGGAGACCGGCGGAUGCGCGCGCUGAGGAGCCGCGGAAGUCGCGUCUGAAAGCGGGUCGCGGUCGAGCCAGCCAUCCGCUCGCUUUCUUUCUUUCCUUCUCUUUUUUUUUUUUUUUUUUUUUUGGGUCCCGGAGCUCCGUGAAGAAGGCGCCCUGCAUCCCUGCAUCCCUCCACGGCUGCCCUUGCACUCCAGCCCGGCAGAUCGAGCAGCGAGGACAUCCUUCCGUCCACAGAGCGUCUUGCAUCGGCCCUCCAUCCACUCAUCCGUCUCCGUCCAUUCGUCCGAGGGGAGCUCGCUCCGCGAUUCAGCGACUUCGCAGUUUUCACGUCACGUCAGAAAGUGAACGACAGUGAAGGUCCGACUUCCUGAAAUGAGCGCAGGCACGAGCGUCGUUGUCACAGGCGUCAAGUUGACGGAGAAAUAUUUCGCUCGCUGCUUGUUGCUCCGGACAGGUAAUCGACUUUGGUUCUUGUGGUCGGAGCGUUACAAAUGAGGUUAACCUUCGCCCAGAUGGAGGUCUGGAUUCAAAAAGAGAGUCCACUUGCGUCCUGGUUUUCUCCUCAAAUGUUGGUGAAUGUUUGCCCCGAGCCUUGAAGCCUUUUCUUUAUUUUAAGUUGGCUUUCUUGAACAUCUUCAAAUGUGGAAAUGCAUAGCCUCAGUCGAUGACACCAUUUUAGACAUUAUUUAACACCGGGAGAACAUCAGAACACAAACACAAUACCCGCACUCACGCAGAAGCUGCUGUUGGUCACAGCUCACACCCAGACACUCACACACAGACUCACCUAACACCCCACACUCACCACCCUCCACGACUUAAAGGUACAGUACAUAUCUGACACACAGACGCUACAAUGAGUGGAGUACUUUCUAAAUAUACAAUUUAAGAUUGCAAUUUUUUGUGUAUUUUUUUUCAUGUCUGGAUAAACGUGGCUUCACUGUACUGCAUGGUAUUUGCUGUAUUUGAGUGCUGAUAUCUACACUGCCCUAGAGCCAUCACGUUCGCCCGCUUUCCCGGCGCCAACCUCAGAAGACAACGAAAGCGGCCCAGAGUUGAAGCCUUUUCAUUCUCCUAAGGUGUGAACAGCGACCCGAACAGUUGUCGAGUUUGCUGUCGUUGUCGAGCCCCCUCGUCUCCCUCGCCCCAACCCCCACCCUAAAAAAAAAAAAAAAAAAAAAGAAGGGCACGCACCUCUUUGCCCGAGCCGUCGCCAUGGGGAAACAGAACAGCAAGCUGAGGCCAGAGAUGCUGCAGGACCUGAGGGAGAACACGGAGUUCUCUGACCAUGAGCUGCAGGAGUGGUACAAGGGUUUCCUCAAGGACUGCCCCAGCGGAACGUUGAACGUGGAGGAGUUCAAGAAGAUCUACGCCAACUUCUUCCCGUACGGCGACGCGUCCAAAUUCGCCGAGCACGUCUUCCGGACCUUCGACACCAACGGCGACGGCACUAUUGACUUCCGGGAGUUCAUCAUCGCACUGAGCGUGACGUCGCGGGGCAAGCUGGAGCAGAAGCUCAAGUGGGCCUUCAGCAUGUACGACCUGGACGGCAACGGCUACAUCAGCCGCGAGGAGAUGCUGGAGAUUGUACAGGCCAUCUACAAGAUGGUGUCUUCCGUCAUGAAGAUGCCAGAGGAUGAGUCCACGCCUGAGAAGAGGACGGAUAAGAUCUUCAGACAGAUGGACCUCAAUAACGACGGCAAGCUGUCGUUGGAGGAGUUCAUCAAAGGUGCCAAAAGUGACCCCUCCAUCGUCAGGCUACUCCAGUGCGACCCCAGUUCAGCCUCGCAGUUCUGAACACCCCAAACUCCCCCUGCCCCCCCCCCCCCCUUUCAGGAAGCCCGCUCGGCACCACCACCCCUUUCCCUCAACCCUCUCUGUUGCUAUGACAACGCUCAUUGAGGAUAAAUGCAUGACGGUUUUCCUCAUAUCUUUUUCUUUUCAUGUCCGUGUAUGCAAACGGAGGGAAUAUAAGAAGCAACGUAUCACUGUCAUCUUACCGUUUAUUUUUGUAUAUGUCGGCUGAUAUCCAAGGACGUGCGGGCAUGUAGGGAUGAGAGCGGCUCAUGUUCCCGAACGGCUCGCUUCCGCUGGAACACGAGCGGCAACUCAUCUGGCACACGCGUGUAUAUCAUGUAUAUAUCUUUACAUAUCAUGUCUAACGUGUAUCAUAAAAUGAAGCCCAUUUGCAAAGGCAGUACAGUAUUAUGUAGCGUAGCCUCAUGGUGUAACUUGUGUGGGCUAGCGGGGCGCUGUUGGUUUGACGUUCAUUUGUAUUUAAUUUAUUUAAUUGUUUUAAGUAUGUCGGAUGCUAUUUGGAGGAUACCAUGAUUAUUAUUAUUAUUAUUAUUAUUAUUAGUAUUAACAUUACAACUACUAGUUCUGCAUUUCCUCAAAUAGUGGCCAGGGGGAUUUCAUUACUUGACUGCACCCCUUCAUAUUCACAUUUUUGGAAUUAUAUUAGUAAAGAAUAUUUCUGGUAUAUUGAAAUAUGUGGCGGCAUGGUGGAUCAGCUGGCCUCACAGUUCUGAGGUUCCGGGUUCAAUCCCCAACCCCUCCUGCGUGGAGUUUGCAUGUGCUUGUCGUGCCUGCGUGGGUUUCCUCCGGCAUCCCAAAAAUAUGCAGCAUUACUUGGACACUCUAAAUUGCCCCUAGGUGUGAUUGUGUGUGCGGCUGUUUGUCUCUUUGUGCCCUGCGAUCGGGUGGUGACCAGUUCAGGGUGUACCCGUUGACAGCUGGGAUAGGCUCCAGCUCUCCCUGCGACCCUUGCGAGGACAAGCGGCAAAGAAAAUGGAUAGAUGAAUGGAAGUUUAAUCCACCGUGACAUUGUGCAAUGUUAAAGAUUUAAUUCAGUGAUUAUUUCAUUUACCACUAGAGGGAGCUGUCGCACCACACGUUGCGAAUGGCUGCAAUAGAUCAUCCGUGAUUGUUUCCGUGCGGUGUUCGGUGCUGCUGAUUUGGUUAGCAACGCAGUACUAGGGCGUUAACGCCAACGUCCACUGAGCGUCGGUCAUAAAGACGCCGUCACCAUGACUACCAACGUGAGAUGAUCUUUAAUACUGUGAAGGGAACUUGUGAAACUUGAAUUUGUUUUGAAGACUUGGGUUAAGUGAAACGUGGAUGAGUGGGGGCCACUAUUUGAGAAAAUACAGAAUUACUAUUUUCGGGCAUCCAACAUGCCUGUCGCUCUUAUCGUCAUACUUUGUUCAUUUUUAUUUGUGUUUUGUACACAAUGCUAUUAUGUCGUUUUAUUUGUAUAUUUUUAUUGUUGUUGUAUUAAUUAUGAUUACAAUGUAGUUUAGAAUGACAGAGAGAAUUGAGAAAAUGCUAAGUUAAGGCCGGUUGAAGUGAAAUAUCCAUCAUGCGUUUGAUAUUUAAAAAAAAAAGAGCUGCACACUUUUUGUGUUUGCACAAUAUCAAGUGCGAUUGUGUGUGUGCAUGUUCGAUAUGUACGGAAUGCUUGAGGUUCAUUUUAACAGUACUAUUGUUGUAAGAAAAUAGUCGUCACUGAUCGGCACUGCAUGAACCCAUAAAGAAAAUGACGGGGAAGUUCUGUUAUGCACGGCGGUAUCUUUUUACAGCUCGGCACCACAUUGUGCGUUUUUCUGGCUCACACGUCGUUCACUAAGGGCUCGUUCAUCACUCGGAACGCUUUGAUCACCUCCUGGAUUUGUCAAGACGAAGGGACAUGUUUUACCAGAUUAGUCCAGUAUGUUGUUUUACUACGAUUGAUCUAAUCGGGUAUUGUUGACGUGUGUUUCAAACGCACUUUCCUGAACAAGGCCCACAUUUGAGAGAAAAGCUUGUAAGCAUACAGAGGGGGGAAAAAAAAUCACACUCUGCAGGUGUCAAUGCACUACAUUUUCAGUGCGAAGCGGCAAAACAGUAAUGUAUAAAUAUCAUCAAGAUCGUGAUGCCUCAAAGAAGUAUUAAGGCCACACUGAUAAAAAAAAAAAAAAAUCAUAUAGGAUUAACUAGAAAUAAAAUUGGAAUUAUGAGGGGGAAAAAAAUCCAAUAACCAUGAAAAAACAAUUGAAUUUAACCAGAAAUGUGACAAUGAAGAUGUAAAUAUACGACUUCAUUCUCGGAACUUUGACUUAUCAGUAAAGUGCAUCUUUUAACAUUCCAUUGUACUACACUAUAAUAUUCUGAAUGUACUUCGAUGACUGACUUCAUAGUAACAUCGACUGUAUACUGUCAAAAGUUUGCAAAUUAUUUUUUUCUUUAAAACAAUGUGGUUUUAUUCAUGUAAGUGAAAUCAACAUUUUUGACGUUACGUUGUUCAUGCGCGUUUUUCUUGGAACUUUACGAAUGUAAUCAGAUAAUACUUUGACUAUUAGUCUCGUACCUUUAUGACUGUAUGACAUUAUGACUUAAUUCUUGUAACUUUUCUUCCCCAUAAUUUCAGAGCUUAACUAAUUGGUCAACAUGAUUUUAUUCUUCAACCUUUAAUUCAGAAAAUUAUUAUUUACAGGCCAGAUUAAGUGUAACAUUACAACUUUGUUCACACGAUGUAGCAUUUUUAUGAAUUCUUAUAACAUUAAUACUUCAGCCUUGGAAUUUGACUUUUUCUCAGUGUUGCCCUAAUAAUUUUUAUUUUAUUAGAUUGUACGAUACUACCCCCACCCAUGUUGUGGGUAUCUGACUGCGGUAGAGCGAACACAAUCAAAACAACUGAGGGAGAAAAAAAAAAGCUUUAGCUCUUCACUUUCGUGUCAAGUGUGCUUUGAUUCUAUCACGAAAACAGUGUUUGGUAUAUGAAUAGUUUAACCAUUUAAAAUCAUGAAAACUAAUUUGAAAAAAAAUAUCCAUUAUGGUUGAAACAUGUCCAUUAUUUCGCAUAAUAGCAUAUUGUAUGUGCCUGUUUUUUGUAUUGCCGAAGUCCGACACUUAACUUGCUCAACCUGAAUUUGUGGUAAGUCCAAGCAGUGCCAGAUCAGGUCUGAAUUGGAGUUUCCGAUCUUGUGGGGACUCUGUAGCGUCACUGCCACCUGCUGGUAGGAUAAGGAACAACACGGUUUUCUGUUCUCACUGCCUCACAUGAAUUGAUCUUGUGCUGAAUGAAGUCUUUCUUCCUUCUGAUCGAACCACUGCACCCUUCCUAACUUUUUUUUGUUUGUUUUGUUGCAUGACCAAUAAAUCAUGUGAGGAUUUGUUCUAUUGGUCCUGAAUUACCAAUAUAGAUAUACUUGUUUCAAAACUGCACGU